AUGGAUCUUGGGGAUUCUAAUGGGGAAGACAUCAACCCCUUCGGUGGCGGCGGAGGGGAUGAAAAGAAGCCACGAGCUCUUCCAGAUGACUUACCCAAGUCGCUGAAUGACCGCCGCCGACCAGUCGAGCUUGUGCCGGAAACAGAGAUGUAUGAUGGCUGGCAAGGGCAAUCGCAGUUCUUGACGACACCAAUUGUGGCGAAACCUCUAUCAUUCAGCGAUCUCACCCUGAACGAUCCAAAUUACGAUGAAGAUCUUACGAAGGGCAUUCCCGAUAGCGAUACACGGCUCAUGGAGAUGCUUGCAGCUCAAGCCGCGCAUUCCGCCGGGCCGGGUUUCGAGGACGAGGAGGAGGUUGCCACAAAUGACAAACUAUCGGAUGACGAGAAGAAGGAAAAAUUACAGAAGGCACUGAAUAUGGCUGCUAGCAAUGGAAAUACCGACCAAAUAAAGAAGAUCCUGGCUGGCAACUCCCGCCAGUACGUCGACGUCAAUGCACCAGACGAGGAUGGAACACCUCCGUUGAUCUAUGCAAGCUGUUUCGGCCAUGAUGCAGUUGUCCAGGAGUUGAUUGGCGCUGGAGUCGACGUUGACAAGCAGGAUCGAAACCACUGGAGUGCUCUCAUGUGGGCAAUGACCAAUCGGCACAAAGCUAUUGCAAAGAUGCUCCUUGAUGCUGGGGCAUCCCCCGAAGCAAAAACAACCUCUGGACGAACGGCUUUCGACUUCGUGCCUCCCGACAGUGAGAUGUCCUUCUAUCUCCACGACAGUGGAUACAAUAUUGGUACAGCGGGCGUCACAGAUGAUUUCUACGAUCCAGGCUUCUCACAGGACCGGUUCGAGGAAGAUCUUAUGGAGAGUGAGCUUCGAAGACGAAUGAUGAUGGACAGCGCUCGUGACUUGGAGGUAGAUCUAGGCAACGUGGGCAUAGAUGAUCAACCUGAGCCAGUCGAUGAGUUUGAAGAGGAACAGGAAUUUGACUGGACGAGAUGUUUACACGACCAGAUGUUCGUCUUCCAGGAGGAAGACUUAGAUCGCAUUCUUGAUAUCAUCAUCACGAACAUGACACCCCAAAGAUCGCCGUCGCAAAAGCCCGUACCCGCGAACAUGAUAUUCCUCAGCGCAAGAUAUGCGCAUUAUCACGCCAGUGAAGACCUCUUGGCCAAACUACUCAUUACCGCCAUGGAUAAGAUCAACGAUGUUGUUGAGAUGCAUCAGUGGGACAUGACGAUAUUGGCCUUUUGGAUUUCGAAUGCAACUCUACUAUUGCAUUAUUUGAAGAAAGACACUGGGCUCGUCGAGGCAACUACUGAGUUUCAAGCACAACUAGCUGAGCUCAUCAACGAAAUCUUCAUACUGAUCGUUCGGGACGCUGAGAGGCGUCUGGAUAAGGUCCUUGAUGCCGCGAUGCUCGAUCACGAGACCAUUCCUGGAUUCGAAGAUAUUACGUUCCAGAACGAAUGGAAGAUUUUCAAACGGAAAAAGGAGGUCAAGGAGGAGCCUCUUGAACGACGGUACCGGCCGCCCUCACCCAAGCAGCGUGCUAAACCGUCUCCUCGAAACGUGACAUCCCUGUUAUCAUCUACCUUGUUUGUGCUGGAUCUAUACGAUAUCCAUUCCGUCAUCACCACACAAAUCAUCUCGCAGCUGAUUUACUGGAUCGGCGCAGAGCUCUUUAAUCGGAUCAUGUCUAACCGGAAAUAUCUUGCCCGGACGAAGGCAAUGCAAAUACGCAUGAAUGUAUCCGUUCUGGAGGAUUGGGCGAGGGCGAACAACCGGCAUCCUGAGCAUUACGAGGGCGGCGACAUGCAAUCCCAUGGAGAGACGACAGUAGACGCGACGAGGCGGCACCUAGCUCCUGUCAUUCAACUCCUUCAAUGGCUCCAGUGCUUCUCGUCUCUCGGCGCUGACGACCUCGAGGCUCUCGUCGGGACACUGCAGCAAUUGAAGGCACUCAGCGCGCAGCAGCUCAUCCACGCCGCAACACAUUAUCGUCCCGAGGUGGGCGAGAAGGGACUUACCAAGAGCGCGAUGAAAUACCUCAUCGCCAUACAGAAGGAGGCGCAGUUACGGAGGGAGCGGGAGAGGAACAGACGGAGUGUGACCGCUUCCCCGAGACCAAAGUCGGCUCCCGACAGCGCUCCUGUUACUCCCGUGAAGAAGUCAGCAAACGGAAAUGGCGCUGAGACACCCGGCCAAGACACGCCGGGCUCGACGCAAGAUGAAGAGGAAGGAGAUGAUGCUCCCGAGAACCUGCUGCUGGAUCCCGCGCUGAUGCUCCCCUUUACAUUGCCAUCGGUAACAGACAUGCUGGUGAGCUACGGCGCUGGGUUCGGCGGUGUGAAUCGCGAGCGGGAGCGCAAGUACAUCCCCACGAUCCCUCCCGAGUUCCUGGACAAGCUGGAAAGCACCAGCGGGAAGCGGCCCAUGUUCGUCGAGAAGGACUGGGAGAACGAGGAGGUCUGA